GCCCCGAUUGGCACGCCUGCCUUCGAGGACCGCACUCUGCAGGCCAUUGUGGCCGGCCAUCAGCGUCUGCUCGACGCGCUCGUCGCCUUCUCCAGCGACAGCUGGGACUUUGCCGUCCAAGGCGCCAACCUGCUGCUCCGCUACUGUGGAUCUCCCCGUCUCCUCUAUUGGUGUCGUCUGCUCGCCCCCUCUCCCUCCCUCCUCGCCACCGCCCGUGCUCACGAUGACGCGAAGAUGGCUGCAUUCGAGCGCAUCUCCCGCGCGGGCGCCCUGCCUUUGUCCGCGCGACGGCAGGUGCAGCUCCCCAUCCGGCUGGGGGGCUUCGGUUUGGUGUCAACGGCGCGUGUGGCGUCGGCUGCGUAUCUGGGCUCGGUGGCUGCUACUGUGGGGGACGUGUGGGAUCGUUUUCGUGGGCACUCCUGGAUGCUUGGGACCGAAGCCGCCCUCUUGGCCCUGCCUUGGCUCGCCCAAGCUGCAUCCGCCCGCACCGAUCUCCUCGUCUCUAUCCCCUCGGCCGCCGUUCCCCCCGUCUCGCAGUUCAUCGCCCGCCCUCACGCUCGGCUGCAGCAGCGGCUGAGCGAGGCCCUUGCCAAGCAGGACUUCACUGUGCUGCUCGAGUCGUUCCCCGUCGGCAGCCGGGAGCGGGCGCGCCUCCUCGCCUGCCAGGGGCCCCUGUCGUCUGGCUGGCUCUCCGCCAUCCCUGGCCAGUCGAGCGGCGUCAACCGGAAGUGCCUCAACAGCUUCGCCUACCGCAUGGCCACUGCCGUCACCCUCGGCCUCCCUUUCCCCCUCGCCAACCUGUCGUCAACAUGCACGUGUGGGGCGGCCAUCGACGCACUCGGCGACCACUUCUUUCUCUGCCACCAGGCGACGGCGGAGCGCGUCUUCAAGCACAACACCCUGUUGGACGUGUUCAAGUCCAUCCUGGCGGAAGUCGGCAUUCCGGUCGUGGCAGAGGUGCCCCUCCGCUCUCUCGGCAUCACCCCACCCGACUCGGACCCCAACAGCCAGCGCAUGGACCUCUUCUUCACUGUGGACGGUGAGGGCAUCCUCGCCGACGUCACCGUCCGCCACCCCUGCCGACCCGACAACUCCACCCCCCACCACCGCUCCGUCAAUCGCACCAAUGGCCGCCUGCCGGGCGGUGCCGUGGCGGCUUCGGGGGAGAGGGAGAAGGAGCGCAAGUAUGGGGCCAACUGUCGGCAGCAGGGCUACACAUUCAUCCCCCUCGCGGCGGAGACGUUCGGCUGUUAGGGUGGGAAGACUCUCACCCUGCUUCGCCGCCUAGCGCGACGCCGCGUUCCACGACCCGCCAGCUCUGCAGAAGAUCGUGUGUUUUUUCAUGAGGGUGUCAUGAACCACUGAAGGCAGUGUUUGUCGGUGGCAUUGAUGCGAUGGAAUGCUUUUCAAGUGUC